AUGGGAGCCGGUGGGCUUAAUGUGCAAUUUAGUGCUGAGGAUGGGUCGACUGCGGAUGUCUGGGAGAUACAUACACCGCAAGAGGUGCACUUGCAGCCGUUGCAGUCGCUGGAGCAGCUGCAGGAGUUGCAGGAGCAGGGAGUCAUUUUGAUUGAGUUGGUGGUGAAAGAAGGGUUACUUGAGGAAGAUAGGCUUUGA